GGGGCUUGGGCAUUGCGUCCCCUCCCCUUCUCUGGCCCCGGCUCCGCUUCCAGCACGGCCCGAGCCGCUCCGGGCCUUUCGGGAAGACUCGGCGGAGGCUGGCGGCCGUGUCCCGGCGGUGGCUGGGACUGGCGGAAGCUGGGGUGGGAUCUGUGUUGGGGUACGGCGGAGAGGGUGGCUCAGCGCUCACUGCAGGGGCUCCCGGUGGCCUGAGGGUUGCGCUGGAGUUUUCCAGGACUCUGAGACAUCCACAUACCUCCUUGUAAAGCUCCCUCGUUUCCAAGGCAAUGCCCAAAGUGAAGCGAAGCAGGAAGCCUCCCCCAGAUGGCUGGGAGCUGAUUGAGCCCACGCUGGAUGAGCUGGAUCAGAAGAUGAGAGAAGCGGAGACUGAGCCUCAUGAAGGGAAGAGGAAAGUGGAAUCCCUUUGGCCCAUCUUCAGAAUUCACCAUCAGAAAACACGUUACAUCUUUGAUCUCUUCUAUAAAAGAAAAGCUAUCAGCAGAGAACUUUAUGAAUACUGCAUCAAGGAAGGGUAUGCUGACAAAAACCUGAUUGCAAAGUGGAAGAAACAGGGUUAUGAGAACCUUUGCUGCCUGCGGUGCAUCCAGACACGGGACACCAACUUUGGAACCAACUGCAUCUGUAGAGUACCCAAAAGCAAGCUGGAAGUGGGGAGAAUCAUUGAAUGCACUCACUGUGGAUGCAGAGGCUGCUCUGGGUGAAACAAUUGGACAUCAGUCUACAUUUUGAACUCUGAGCGAUAUCAUCCUACGCAAUGGACUAUGAGUGCAAUUACAGUUACCUUCUGUGUGAUUGGAUAUUUCUGUGUUGCAAUUAAAAUGGCAAAUUCACCUGGAUCAUACAUACAAAGGAUGUAGUUUUGGGGUAACUUUUUGUGUAGCCGCUUAUUUUAAAAUAAAGACUCACUUCCUGAGAGAGUGGA